AUGACGGGCUUUGCAGCGGUUCCCAUCGCAGAGGAGGGCGGAGAGGACAGUCGUCUCACUGGUGUUUCCAAAGUACUAGGUCCACGAUGGCUCCAACUCCCCACCCUUACGGUUGGCCUCCUAGGCGUGCAGGUCUUCUGGUCGAUCGAGAUGUCUUACGCGACACCAUACCUCAUUUCCUUGGGGCUCUCCAAGUCCGCUGUCGCCGUAGUGUUCCUUGCCGGUCCUGUCUCAGGACUCGUUGUUCAGCCUGUUAUUGGUCUACUUACCGACAACUCCAAGUCGCGUUUCGGUCGUCGGAGACCCUACAUGCUCGCAGGCACAUGCAUAUGUAUCACUGCCAUGCUCCUCCUGGGCUUCACAAGACCCUUCGCUUCCUUAUUUGUUCCCUCCGGUUCCAUAGCGAACCAUCUGCUGACCAUAUGGCUAGCAAUAAUUGCCCUCUUCUCCGUCGAUUUCUCCAUAAAUGCAGUGCAAGCCGUGGAUCGUGCUCUCGUAGUAGACAUCCUACCUCCGUCAGACCAAGCCGAAGGGAACGCGUGGGCUGCACGUAUGCUGGGUAUUGGAAGUGUCGCGGGAUAUUUCGUCGGCAAUGUCGACAUGACUACAGUGUUCCCAUUCCUUGGAGAUACAGAACUGGAAGUUCUUUCCAUCGUUGGGUCCUUCUUUCUUGUCUCCAUGCACCUCAUCACCGCAAUCUGCACUAAAGAAAAGGUGGUUGUUGCCAAUAAACUCUCCAGCGGUAGCUUCAUCAAGGAACUUAAGACCGUUUGGUACAAUGCGCGCAAUCUCCCGUCCGUAAUCCGACAAAUCUGCAUCAUCCAAUUUUGCGCAUGGUUAGGCUGGUUCCCAAAUCUCUUUUACACUACCGCUUUCAUAGGCGACCUGCACAAGCGCGCAUACCCUGACGUCGCUCAGGAUGACCCGGUGCUCGAUGCUGAGGCAAUACGCCUCGGCUCCCGUGCCCUCUUCUACAGCUCCAUUCUUAGCCUGAGCUGCAAUAUCGUGCUUCCUUUUUUUGUCUCCGAAGCUGCAACCAGUCGUGAGAUGCUCGAACGCAAGCUAAGCUCCACCAAGAACAUAUGGGCGCAGUGGUAUCACCGGAUGAAGGUUCAUCUAGCGACUUUGUGGGCGAUUUCGCAUCUGGUAUUCGCCAUCUGUAUGGCUGCAACAUUCUUCUACUCGAGCGUGGCCGGUGCGACGUUCUUUACGACGUUAACCGGCUUUUCGUGGGCCAUAACACAAUGGGCACCCUUCUCUCUCCUCGCAGAGGCGAUUCUCACCAACCCACUACCCGCCAACGAGGACGCCAACUCCAUCAUUCUGCACGACACGCGCACGCAGCGCCGCUCUGGCGACAUUACGUUUGGCAGCGACGCGAACGAGCGACAGUUUCUCGUCGCCGCGGACGAUGACGUGGACGAUGAUUCCACACUCGAAGACGACGUCCACUCAUUCCGUUCGUCAGCAUCGAUGGAAAUAGACCUCAACGAUGACCGCCGUUCUGCAGACGGCGUGCACGUGCAUGAAAAUCCGCUCAUGGGAAACCCAGCCGCACGCGCGAGCCACCUGCAACUUCCCUCUAGCAUUGAUGGUGGGGAUGAGGAAGACGACGAGGUAUCGCAGAAGCACCACGGUGAAGGUGGACUCGCCGACAAAGCCGGCAUCAUCCUCGGGAUACACAAUAUCUUUAUCGUGAUGCCGCAGUUUAUUAUGACGGCCCUAGCCUCAAUCAUCUUCGCUAUCCUUGAGCCCGGCAAGUCCGUACUGAGUGGACACCGUGGUGGGUUCCGAAAUAGUACACUACCGGCGACGAACUCAACAGGAAACAAUACCGAGGCGGAACUAUUUGCCCUGGAUUUCAGGGAUGAGGUCAAUGCAGCGGCAAGGCCAAAUUCCUACGCAAUUGUUUUUCGAUUGGGAGGGAUUGCUGCAGCGAUCGCGUUCGUGCUUACCGUGAGACUUGCUCGGCAACUGCGGCAUCAGUAA